GCUGCGCGCGCUCCAGUCUGGAGACGUGCGCGACAAUUUUUUUUUUCUCGCAUUAGCAAACUGGCGGUGACACGUGCCUCCUCCUACUCACCACCCUCAGGUUCUCCCGUGCUGCAGUGACAUCAUUAGCGAUCACGAAAGAACAGUGCCUGCCACAAACAACAGAAAAUUCCAUCGAUUUAGCCUUUUUACGCACGGUCCGAAUAGAAAUUCGUGUCACAUGCGCGACGGUUCGUAGAAAAAGAAAGAAGGGCGAUCCACGAUGCAGACGACAAACAUCGACCUAUAAAGGUGACAUGAUCCACUGGAUUAUCAAACGUACCUCGCCCUUUCUCAUCGAAAACGGAAGGUAACGCCUAAACCGAAGAAUACGAAUAUUUCGCCGUGUUCCUUGCAUGUGCAAACAAAAAACCUUUUCCCAUAACUAAAAGUAUUAGCCUAUAUAUAAGAUUUACGCAAGUGUCUGGGAAACUGCUCUAACGUUUACUAAAAAAAUAUGGCUACAUUAAUUCGAAGCAAGAUUUCCAACAAGCUGUCCAAUGCAGCUUCGACGGUUACUAAUAAAUCUCAGGCGAAGGUAAGUGGUCUCUUCGCCAGAAUGGGCUUCCAGGCUGCCACUGACGAAGAAGGACUGGGAUUCGCAGCCUGUGACGAUCUGGACUAUGACCACAGGCAAGGACUGCAGAUGGACAUUCUAAAAAAUGAGGAAAUAGGGGAAGAAGUCGGCGUCGAUAACGUGGGAGAUGGAAAUAUGGAAGGGGACAGUCACUACCAGAGAGAUGGCACAGGUCCCCCACCCUCUGUGUCAAAAGAUGGCGGUAUCUGCAGCGAAUUUGGGUCUACAGAUAAGCCGAAAAUCACUGCUUGGGAGGCAGGAUGGAACGUCACUAAUGCCAUUCAGGGAAUGUUCGUACUUGGGUUACCAUACGCCAUUCUCCACGGCGGAUAUCUAGGACUUUUUCUUAUCAUUUUCGCGGCCGUUGUGUGCUGUUACACAGGGAAAAUCCUUAUCGCUUGCCUCUAUGAAGAAAACGAAGACGGACAACUCGUGAGAGUGAGAGACUCGUAUGUUGACAUUGCCAAUGCUUGCUGCGCGCCCAGAUUUCCGGCAAUAGGAGGUCACAUCGUGAAUGUAGCCCAGAUAAUUGAGCUCGUCAUGACUUGCAUUUUAUACGUCGUAGUGAGUGGUAACCUAAUGUAUAACAGCUUUCCAAACCUCCCCGUCUCCCAAAGGUCAUGGGCCAUCAUGGCCACCGUCGCGCUUCUGCCUUGCGCCUUUCUCAAAAACUUAAAAGCCGUCUCCAAGUUCAGCCUGCUCUGCACCCUUGCUCACUUCGUGAUCAACAUACUUGUGAUAGCCUACUGCCUGUCGAGAGCACGAGACUGGGCCUGGGAUAAGGUUAAGUUCUACAUCGACGUGAAGAAAUUCCCUAUAUCUAUUGGUAUCAUCGUCUUCAGCUAUACAUCGCAGAUUUUCUUGCCAUCGUUGGAGGGUAACAUGCAGAAACCUAGCGAGUUCCACUGCAUGAUGAACUGGACUCACAUUGCCGCAUGCAUUCUCAAAGGCCUGUUUGCUUUAGUGGCGUAUCUGACGUGGGCAGACGAAACCAAAGAAGUUAUCACAGACAACUUGCCGUCUGGUAUUAGGGCCGUUGUCAACAUUUUCCUAGUGUCUAAGGCCCUGUUGUCAUAUCCGCUGCCGUUUUUUGCUGCUGUUGAGGUACUGGAAAAGAGUUUUUUUCAGGAUGGACGGCGUGCGUUUUUCCCAGAUUGCUAUGGAGGAGACGGGCGCCUUAAAUCCUGGGGUCUAACUUUGCGAUGUGGCCUUGUGGUAUUCACUAUGUUAAUGGCCAUAUACGUUCCGCACUUCGCAUUACUCAUGGGGUUAACGGGCAGCCUGACGGGCGCGGGCUUGUGUUUUCUCCUCCCUAGUCUCUUUCACCUGAAGCUGCUUUGGAGGAAGUUGCUUUGGCACCAAGUCUUUUUUGAUGUCGCUAUAUUUGUUAUUGGAGGUAUAUGCAGUAUUUCUGGCUUCAUUCAUUCAAUGGAAGGUCUCAUUGAAGCGUUCAAGUACAACAUACACGAUUAGUUGAGAGAAAAAAUGUUUCUUAAAUGUAAUGUCCCCAGUUUUUCGACGACAUCAAACAAAACCAACAAACCUAUAAACAUAUUCACAUACAAACCCCGAAAAAAUAAAAUGAAAUAUACACACUGACAUUAUACUAUAAACGCAAAUAAUAGCGUGCAUAUAUAUAUAUAUAUAUAUAUAUAUAUAUAUAUAUAUAUAUAUAUAUAUAUAUAUAUAUAUAUAUAUAUAUAUAGACACACACACACACUACCCGUCAAAAUGUGGAGACACUUGACUGAAAUGUUUCUCAUAAUUUUACAAAUCUUUUGAUCUGAAUGUGUAUGAUGGUGUUGUAGACAAAAAUAUAAGUGUGCCAAUAUAGUCAUUUCUUUCGUUAGAAAACUAACACUUUAUUUACAAAAAUGUAUAUUUUUUAAAUGGAUCAAUUGGAGCUAAAUAUUCUGAAAAGCAGCCAAUAAGCGUCCAGCAUAGGUGUGGUACUCUUUUAAUACUGUUUAAAAAGCAUCUCAGAGUGAUUCCUCAAGAAAUUGGCUGAGAAAAUGCCAAGAAUACAUUUCUGGAAAUGCUAGGCAAAAAGGGUGUCUAUUUUGAAGAUGCGAAAAUAUUUAAUUAUUUUGAUUAAUUUUGUAUUUCUAAUCUCAGCAUAGUUCAAGUAGUUCCAUUUGUGUUAUUCCAGAAUUUUGAUGACUUUAUUAUUUUUUUAUUAUUAUUAUUAUAAUAAAAUAAAAAAUUAAAGAAUUAGUGUGUCUAAACUUUUGAC